GUCAGUGUCCGGGUAGGUCUAAGUGGUGAGGAGUGGGACUCUUGUUGUGCACCUGACACCACGAUGGAUGACUAUCCGACGUAUGGGUUGCUUGUUGGGUUCUCCCUUUGGGGGACCCUCUGGCGUCUCCUCUUUCCCCUGGGGUUCUGGCACACUCUUACGUGUAGAGUAGACAACCAGGGUGGUACCUCCACUAAGCCAUAUUCGAAGGAGGAGGAGGAGAAGAUGGCCGCCAUUCUGAGGGAAAGAAAAGAGAAGAAAGAGGCCAAGAAGAAGGCCCUACAGGAGGAGCAGGCGGCGAAGUUGAAGAAGAUAGAGGAAGAGAUGGCCAGAGAGAAGGAGAGAAUAAAGAAAGAAGAAGAGGAGAAGCUGAAAGAGGUGGAAGAGGAAGAGGAGGAAGAUGAAACGACACUGCAAAGGAAGAGAGGGCAGUASAGUGGCAACARAGAUGAUGAGAUGGAGARACGGAUUUCGGAGUGGGUCGCCAACUUAUCCCUGGGCGAAGAAGAAGAAGUGGCRAUGUAUAUCCCCAAGGAUGAUCAGGAAGCCGCUAUGARAGYUUGGGACRYAGAAGAAGAUGUCAUAAAGCGGCAGGCGAUGGAAGAUGAGAAGAGGAUGGAGUGGAAACUGGCAGUGAUGAGGGAGAAGAAGAGGAGAGUGGACGCGGCAGCAGAUGCGGCGGAAGAAUUGGAGGAGGUAAAAAAGAUAGAAGAGCAAUUGGCCGCCCAGGCUGAGCUCCCAAAGAAAAUGGAGGUCAUAGUCCGAAAUGUUGCACUCUUAGCGCGGAUUCCGGCAGAGCAGUAUGACUUCAGUAGGAGUCAGCAUAUAGCUGUGCGUUCAAUACGGUUGGGAUUUCGGGACUUUGCUCGCGAAUUGGUGGGAGCUGUAGGAGCCGAGGUGGGUCAUCGCCUCGACAAGACUGAGCGGUUUUGUGUUGGCGCCAUUGAAGGCGUCCAGGCGGCAGCUCCCAAGGAGGAGGAAGCACGCCCUCGUCGGGAGUCGGUCAAAGUCAAAUUCCCUGAUUCCUACAGUGGAAAACGGGAAGAGAACUUUGACAAUUGGGAGGCCAAUGUCAAGACCUAUGUGCAUCUGCAACAGGUCUCCCCGGAUCAGCAUGUUCUAAUUGCGAUCCACGCGCAUAGAGAUGAGGCCGCCAACUUCGCAAGGUCCCUGGUUCGUGCUGCCAACUGCAAUGAUGAUGCAGUUGCGUACUCGUCGUUCACUCCCCUCAUCGACUUCCUGAAGUUGUUGCGCGAGCGAUUUGCUGAUGUCGCUCGUAGUGUUAAAGCCUCAGACAGGCUGCAAACGAUCCACUCUCGUCAGUGGAAGAGUGCCAGGGCACUCAAGAGCACAAUGGAUGAGUUAGUGGUUGUACCUGACCACGGGGUCACUGACACCCAGUUGGUUGCCCUCUUCUAUCGGGCUAUGCCCGAAGCCUUUCGAGGGCAGUUCUUCGCGAAGAGCGAAGACCCUGCCACCUUCUAUGAUUCUCUUAGCCGUGAGGUGGUAGCCUUUGAGGCAAAGUCCGUGUCAGUUUCCACUUUCUGGCACAAGGACUUGGACAAAGGUAAGAAGUGGAAAGGCCGCACUAUCUUUGGGCAAGUGAAGACUAAGGAUAGUCUUGUCCUUACUUUAGAUGAGGGUAGUGUGGAUGAGAUCCCCUACGACCAGAUUGAGUGGGGGUUAGAGGAGGAGGACAGCGGUGUGGGCCAGGGGAGAACUUACGCUGUUGUCGCGGCUGGAGGGAGGCCGCAAGGAGGAGGACGAGGCCAGGGCCAAGGGGGCCGGGCCUCAGGGAGCCGGUUUCAAGGCGAUCAGGGGGUUGGCGGCAGAGGAGGAAACCGCCAAGCGGGAGGAAGGGGUCAAGGUCCCCCGCAAAACCGUCCUAGGAACAGCCCGUCAGGCGAUGUCAAGACUGCGCGUCUGUACCAUGCGUCAGGAGUAGAUAACCGCUUGGCACAUUACUGCCUUAGUGCUUCUGCAUUUGCGCGAUUAGUGAAAAGGGAGCAGCUAGAAGAACAGGUCUUUGUAGCCUAUGUUAGGCCAGUUACUGAGCCUAAGGAAGAAAACCCUAUAGACCCUGCCAUUGCCAAGUUGCUGGAAGAGUUCAAGGACCUAGCUGAGCCGCCGACGGGAACAGUGUCGCGGCCCAUCCAGCACCGUAUUGAGAUAGAGCCUGGCAGUAGAACUCCUAACGGCACUGUGUAUAGGAUGUCCCCGCGGGAGUUAGAGGAGCUUCGCAAGCAGUUGGACGAGCUCCUCAAAAAGGUUCUCUUUGUCCCCAAGAAGGAGGGAGAGCUAAGGAUGUGUAUAGACUAUAGGGGUCUGAAUGCUAUUACAGUGAAGAAUGCUGAGCCAUUGCCUAGGAUAGAUGAUCUCCUAGAUAGAGUGCAGGGGUGCAAGUAUUUCUCUAAGAUAGAUUUGAAGUCCGGAUAUCAUCAGAUAGAGGUUCACCCUGAUGAUCAGUACAAGACCGCGUUCCGGACUAGAUAUGGGCAUUAUGANUCUAAGAUAGAUUUGAAGUCCGGAUAUCAUCAGAUAGAGGUUCACCCUGAUGAUCAGUACAAGACCGCGUUCCGGACUAGAUAUGGGCAUUAUGAAUUUAUAGUGAUGCCCUUUGGACUAACCAAUGCGCCAACAACUUUCCAGCGGUGUAUGAAUGACCUGUUUAGGCCUUGGUUAGAUAGAUUUGUUGUAGUUAACUUAGAUGACAUUCUAAUGUUUAGUAAGACCCUCGAAGAGCAUCAGGGUCAUCUCAGGCAGGUCUUGGAGAAACUGAGGGAAGCUAACUUCAAAAUCAACGCUAAGAAGUGCGAAUGGGCAAAGACCCAAGUUUUGUAUUUAGGCCAUGUCUUAGACGGAGACGACAAGCCAGAGGAUAGCAAGAUCGCAGCGAUUAGAGAUUGGCCGACACCGCGUACGUUGACAGAGUUACGGUCGUUUCUAGGCCUAGCCAACUACUAUAGGAAGUUCGUGAGGAACUUCUCCACCAUUGCUGCGCCCCUUCGCAGAUUGCUCAGGAAGGAGACCAUCUGGAAGUGGGAUAAGGACUGCACGUCUGCCAUGAAGAAGCUGAAACAGGCGUUGAUAGAAUAUCCAGUCCUUAAGGUAGCCGAUCCGUCCUUGCCCUUUGUCGUCACUACGGACGCUAGUCAGUACGACAUAGGUGCUGUGUUGCAGCACGACGAUGGCCAUGGUGAUAGGCCCGUAGAGUUCAUGUCCGCCAGAAUGCCUUUUGAGAAGGUCGCGACAUCUACCUAUGAGAGGGAACUCUACGCUCUCAGGCAAGCCUUAGACAACUGGAAGCACUACUUGCUUGGGAGGCACUUCAAAGUCUAUUCCGAUCAUGAGACGUUGAGAUGGUUAAAGAUGCAGGCCAAGAUGACACCUACGCUUACUAGGUGGGCCGCAGAGAUAGAUCAGUAUGACUUUGAGCUCAAACAAGUCAAGGGAAGAUAUAACGUAGUGGCUUUGCACAGCGAUGUCCCUCUCGAAUUACUGGAGAGUGAAUUGGACUUCCCCAUCGAACGCGUGCAAUCCAUCAACACUGGAUCGAAAAGCAGUGAGGCAGACAAAGGGAAUCAGUGCCUUGUGGUAUACCUUACCCAGGAGCCACGGAAUCGGGUUGAACUAAGAUUGAGAACAACGGAAGGAAAGCAAGGAACGCUGCAGGCGUUUGUGAUGCCACAUAUGGCACCGAAGACAUCACAGGUUUGCAGUUUCAGAAUCCGACCCCUAUCACAUCAUCAACGAGUCCAAAGCAUUGACGACGGAGUGCCGCUAAGCGAGCUGAAGGUGUCAGGGGGCUUUACACUUGCAGAAAUCCAUGCUUGGAUUUUCAAGGAGGCAACUUCUCACAAGGUCAGAGUGAGCAUCUCCUUCGAGCUCAACGACAAGGUGGUUCCCCACUUCCUGGAGAUUGUUUACCCUCGGCUUAAGGAUCAGCUGUCCCUGCUGAAAAGGUGCGAGAUGUUGGAGGCACUGAAGGAGCUCAAGGCACAAGAUGAUGACCUCAGUUUUCUGGACUCAGAGUUUGAACAGGUGGGGAUCGUCUAACGACUGUAAGCCUACCAGCGACACACAGCAGCAAAGUGUGUGUCGCCAGCGUGGUCGUUCGGACAAGACCAACUGCACCCAUU